GUGUAAGAAGGCUGCAGCGGUGAAACCGUUUAGCCAGUCGACAAACCAGCUAGUUAGUUUAGCUAACCAACGUUAAUCAGAGGUAUGCAGCUGAUGUUACAAUAUUUAGAUUUGGUUAGCUAGUUAGUCGGCUAGCUAACCAGCUGCCCAAUGAUGCACGGAUUUUCGGCUGGGUACCGUUAUCCGUUAUGACAAUAUAACGACCCAACCGCAGUUUUAUUUGCAACUACUUACCUAGCUAACAAGACUUCCUUACCUUUCUGUAUUGCUAUCUAACAAUGCAUACGCAAUGGUGCGUUAGCUAGCUAGCUAACUAGCUGGCUGGCUACGUCAUUUAGACUAAUUGUCGCUUGCCUCGCACACCGUUAGUGGCGGUGUUCUGAUCAUCUAAGCACGAAUCACAUCUUGGCAGACGGUGACAAGGAUGCUACAGGGGCCCUAUAGUUUGGACCGAGACAAGCCUCUGUUCCGAUUGCCUUUCACAAUCAUUGCUGUGGGCACUGUGUGUUUAGCGCUUAGCGGCUUGGUCUCCUGCAUCUUGAUUUCUCUGCUCUAUCAUUUUGAGGAGUCCACUGCUACCCACUGCAAGGUUCACAACUACCUCCCAUCCAUCAGUGCUUCCAUAAGCCUGACCCCUGAGCGCUACAUCUGGCGCUUCUGCAUUGGCCUACACUCUGCACCCAGGUUCCUCGUGGCUGCUGCCUACUUCAACUUCUACCGCGGGAGGUUCCUCAAUCGCUGCCAGGAGUGGCUGCUGAGCUUCGUGAACCUGCUCUGUGCCCAGGGCGAGAACCUGGGUCUUCUGCUGCUCACCUACGUCUCCUCUGAUGAGACCUACAUGUGCCCUGGUAGUUUGUGCCAUUAUACCAAGGGAGCAUUUCAUCCCACGGUCGUUGGAGAUCACAAUUCCCCAAAUGAUUGUGAGCAGCAGCGUGAAGGUGGAGUACUGGACUGUGGAACCCAGGCUUGUGUGCAUAAGAUCGGCUUCAUUGUGUUCAUCGCCAGCUCGCUCAUUCACAUGGCCAUCACCUGCAGGCUGUGGCAGGUGAUUAAGAAGUACUCGCUUAUUCCUGAGGAACAGACAUCAUACCGCUUGAAGGUCCGUCUCUUCACCUUCAACAUCAGUGUCUGCAUCUGCGCUGCUUACUUCUAUAGACGGCACAACACAUACUGCGAGGCAGGAGUCUACACAUUCUUUGCAUUCUGUGAGUACCUGGUGGUGCUGUCCAACAUGGCCUUCCACAUGACUGCCUACUGGGACUUCGGGAGCAAGGAGGUGAUGAUCGCCACGCCGCCGGAGGACAAGCGCUUCUGACGGGGGAACCGAGGGGCAGGCCGCAGGGUCACGGCGCCCGGCUCCUCCUCGUCCUCCACGUCCUCCAGCGCUCGGAAUCCUGGGAAGGCUGAGGAGGAGGAGCCAAUGGAGCAGCUCUUCCACAUCUUCCCCUGAGCAGACAUGGGUGGUCCUGUUUCAUUUCAAUUCAUAUGUACGUGCUGCAUACAGAGAAUGGCCACAGGAAGGACUAAAUAGUACUGAAAUGCUAGAGAGUCUAAAAGGCAUGUACUGAUAGCCUGUAAAGAAAAGGGGAUUAUCUUAUGAAAGCCUCAUCUGCAGCCUUUCCAAUGUCUUAAUCCUGAUAUCUGCCUAGUUGCUAUUCUUUGCUGUGUGGUUUUGAAGUGAUGCAUUUUCAGUGACGUGCCAGAUAAUCUUUUCUUGCAGAUGAUUACUGCAGGAUAGCUUUACACUGGGAGUUAAAUUUAGGGUAUUUGUUAUUUGGUGUAAUCGGAUAAAAACCUCAGUGAUUAAUGGUCUACUUGACUGGCGCGCUCUUAGGUCCAUUAUAUGUAUAUCCCUUUUCACUCAAAGCUUCUUGUAUCUAUUGUGGAGAUUAUAAUGCUUUCUUCUCUGUGCUUGGUGGAAUUGUCCUACCUCUUCCCCUUUCAUGUAUUUAGCCCAGUGCCCUUGUUCCUCUUUUCUUCUGUCACCUCAUGGGAAAUUAUCAUUUUCAUUCCCAGGAAGGCAUCCCAUAGCUGUGCUGCCUCAAACACUCCUGAACAGAGGUGACCUCUCUUUUUAAGAUUUCUGUUGUCUCUCCCAGGGUUGCCAAUUGAUUUAAAAAUCCCAAACCAUGUAACAUAAUCUGUUACCCAAACAAAUGCCAAGAUUGUGACAUUAUACAGCCAAAAUACCUGUCACAAACGAAACAAAUCUGAGUAUUUUGCUCAGGAAUGAGAUACUCUUCUCAGUGUAACUCAGAUGUGCAUGUUUUAAUUAAGUUGUUGCAAUUUUUUGGAAAACAAAGACAAAAAAGCCCAAAUGUCAGCUGGCUUUUCAGGCCCACAGCUCAGUGUGAAAUCAAUGACAAUUAAGCCAGUUUGGCUAAAAAGCCAAAACCUGGCAACCCUUCUCUCUGUCCCAAAUUAGGGACUGUGUACUUUGUUUUUCUGCAGAGCUGCAGUGAAUCAUUGACUGAUUUGAACCAAUCAGAAUUCUUCGCGUUACAUAGCCAAAGUGGUUCAAAUCCUUCCCCUCUCUAAAAAUAUCAGCCAACGUUCCAUGACUGUGUUGUUCUCAUCAGCAGAGACAUCAUUUCAAAACAGUUUGUUGGUGUGAAAUGAAGGCAUGCCAUGCAUGCCAGUAUUACUUAAUCUUCUAAUCAUUGGUAUACCAGUACUUGCUUCAGAGAUGUUAAUUCACUACUGUUUUUACUUAUUUAUUUUGUGUUGCCAGUAGUAUUUAAAUAACAUUUUUAGCUGGCUGCUUCAGUAAUAGGAAAUUGUUUGUGUGCUGGUUUGUCACAAUGGCACACACUGCUUGAAAUACUCUGUAUGGCACUAGUUGUGAUAUGUGGUUUUAAUAAGGUGGUAAUAGCUGGUUUGUUGGUGAUGUUGGCAACCCUAUGCAUUCUCAGUGUGAAAACAUACUCUCCCAGGGCUAAGCCAACAGUGUCAGAAAUGUGCAUUGUUUCCAUGUAACUAAUACUGUCGGUAAUUAUCCUAUAUUUCAAUUGCUGUCAACUGCACACAUACACGGUUCAACUAACUUGAUGGCAAAGUCAAAUGCUGUUGUAAUUCUGUGAAACUCAGGAAAUGUUUUUUUAUUAUUUAUUAUGAUGAAUGUUUUCUUUUAUAUGUCUUGUUUUAAAUCCUGAAUUGUGACCAUUCUGAAUAUUUUUUAAACUGUUUUUAAACUGGUAAACCAUGUACCGCUUGACAAUGAAACUGGCACACACGUUCAAGCACAAGGUCUGUUUGCUUAAGGUUAUUCAGCAGUCAGUGCCUGAGUGGCACUUCGGAUGGUGUUUUUAACUGCAUUAAACACCUAACAUUUCACAAUGUUUAACAAAACAUCAGCAUUAUCACACUGGGACAAUGUAACAGUAAAGUUGUAAAAAUGUUUUCUGGGUGUUGUCUGUAGCUAGAGGCACUCUGUGAGACUGUGCUCAGUGACUUGUUGCUGCUACAAAAUUACACUGAAAAUGUAGUGUAAAUGUACAUGUAAAUGUAACUGUUACAAUGUAAGGGUUUAGAGCUGCUUUGUAUGGGCAACUGCUUUGACUAAUUAUGACUUGAGUUCCAAAGAUUUCUGAGAUAAACAGAGGAUAAGUCAUGGAAGAUGAUGUCUGCUUCUUCCCCUGUCUUGCACUUGGAAUUCAAUUUUAUGGCAUUACUGUCUAUGGAAACCGUACAAGUGUAUGACUGAACCACACCUGCCCAAAAGACUUUUGGCAUGCCAUGCCAAUCAAAAAGAGACUGAUUCUCAUGAAUAUUCUGUACUAACUGGUGUAAACUGCUGAUUGUUUCAUUGUCAAAAUUAUAGAUGAAAUCAUGAUUGUUUUUCUCCCCCACAUUAUACCUACAUAGAAUAAGAAAACAUAAGGGAAAGUAACACUAAUGCUAUUGUGUGAUUUCUAAUGCUCAACAGAUUAAAGGGACCAUUUACCCUGGCAGGAGGAAUUCAGCCUCAAUACCUUAAGACCAAUGGUGAAAUUGUAGAAUCAAUUAUAUGAUCCAAAUUAUUGUGUUGAACAUGACUAAAUUAUUGUGUUGAACAUGACUAAUGACUGAAUGUAACACUGCAGGUCCUCUGAGACCCAUGCAGCUGUGUUCUGUAAUAAUCACUAAAUAAAUAUAUUCUUAC